UGAACACAGAACGUUUCUGUGUUUCAGUAACGAGUUUUUCCGACUGUUGGGCAAAGUAGUCCUGUCGUUCGUAGACUGGGAAGAGAACGUGAUCGACCAAGAUGACCAUGGCUAUAUCCACGAAAACGGCGACGACCAAGAUGUCCUCGUCGGCCGAGAUUGCGACGCAAAUCAAAACGCUGCUGAAGCCUCAUAACGACGAAGGACUGGACGCCGCUCGACUCGACGAACUUCGUAAAGUCUUUGCCAGCUUGAUCCAGUCGAACGAGUUUUCUCUCGAGAGGACACCAACUCGCAAUUCUUCAUUGCCAUUGUCGUCCUCCAGUGUCCAGCACAAAUGGCACGCCUUUCUCCGAACGUCUCACAAGAAGUUUCUGCUCCAAUUGUGCGACCGCGUCGAAUCGGGCAAACGGACGGCACUGCGUACCUUGUGGGGCGUCGUCGCUACCUCGCCGACGCUAUCCAGCAACAGCGCUUACCAAGUGGUUUCCACUACACUGCUGCGACUCUUGGUCCGGGUGGUUUCCCGAUUGCCGACCUGGGACAAGUCUAUACACCACAUGCUGCAGGCCGAGUUUCUCCAACCCUAUCGGGAUGUACAGUACUACACUCUGAUCGCCACGGUCACAAUUGCUAACGAAAUUUACAAGCAAGGGACGAGCGUGGAAGAGGAUGAUCAAGAGAAACAGGUGCAGGCGGAGCGGUUGGUGCAGCUCCUCAUGCUCAUUCCCAUUCCCACCUCGCAACAGGAACUAGACAACGACGACGGCUUGCUGUUCCCGCCCCCAAAGAAUGCCGUACCGGAACGCCUACACGAAGACGACAAUGCGGCAAGCGACGAUAGCGGUGGCGAUGAUGAUGAUGAUGAUGAUGCAACGGUGGCCUCAACGUCUUCAGUGGAAGAUGCCGACACAAACGACAAACCCGAACAACACAAGGAACCCGCUAGGAAAAAGCGCAAAACUGUUCAGCGCUUCGCCUUCUCCCAACUACGGUGUCAUCACCGGGCUUGGUCAAGAGCCUGGUUGGCCGUCUUGCGUUUACCGCUUUCUACUUCCAGUCUCAAACAGACCCUCAUUUUCUUGCCUUCGAAAGUCUUGCCCAAUGUCCACGAUCCGCUCCACUUUGCCGACUUUUUCAUGUCCGCGUACGAUCAACCGCAAAAGUUACACUCCGUGCUGGCCUUGGACGGACUGUUUUUGCUCAUCACCAAGCACGGCUUGGAGUAUCCUGGUUUUUAUAAACAACUCUACAAACUCCUCACACCGAGUGUCUUUUACGUGAAGUAUAAGCCUCGCUUCUUGCGUUUGCUAGAGACAUGUAUCAGUCGCAACGAACUUUUACCGGCGCAUAUAGUUGCGGCCUUCAUUAAGCGCACAUUGCGGUGUUGUUUACAAGCGCCACCAGCGAGUAUCCUCGUCGGAUUGGCUCUUUGCUCCAACUGGUUGCGGAAACACGGAGAAACGGCAUGCCUCGUUCAUAGGCUGCCUCCGAUUGAUUCCGAUGGUGACGGUAAUUUGCGAGACGCUUUUGACAGCGAGACGGAUGACCCGGAACAAGCCCAAGCCCUGCAAAGUUCCCUUUGGGAACUGGAGGCCCUUUCGCAACACUAUUAUCCCGCCGUCGUGACCAUGGCAAAAUCCAUUGGACGAGAAGACGAACUGCAAACCCCCUUGCACGACAUCACGGAUUUUCUGUCGCACACCUAUAAGUCUCUGUUCGAACAGGAACGCAAGCGGAAAAGUACGAAAAAAUUCAAGCCAUCUCUCACUUUUGUUCAACCAGAAGGCUUGUUUCUCACGGACGAUGUAUUCGCUGGCUUCUUGUCGUCGAGGUCAUCUCCUGGUACAGCCGAAGAAGGCACGAAUGAAUGA